AGGCGGGCCGAGGCCCGGACCUAAGAUGGCGGCGGCGCUGGCGGGGGGGAAGAGGAGGCGGCGGAGGCGGAGGCGCAGGAGCGGCUGCUGGCGGCAGCGGCUCCUCCUCGGGUGGCUGUCGCGAGGCGGCGGCGGUGGCGGUGGCUGCGGGGGUCUGGGCGGAUAGAGAGCGAGCAAGCGAGGGAAGAAGCGAGCGGUCCAGGCCUCCUCCUCCUCCUCCUGGGCUGCCGCCGCCGCCGCCGCCGCCACCUCCGCCAUGGGCUCCCAGGUGCUGCAGAUCCUGCGCCAAGGCGUGUGGGCCGCCCUGAGCGGAGGAUGGUACCAGGACCCCCACCAGGGCGCCGGGGUGAACGCGCUCCACCUCUACCUCUGGCUCUUCCUGCUCGGCUUCCCCUUCACCCUCUACAUGGCUCUUCCUUCUUCCAUGGUGAUAGUAGCAAUAUAUUGCCCAGUGAUAGCAGCUCUCUUCGUUGUUCUGAAAAUGGUAAAUUACCGUUUGCACAGAGCACUUGAUGAAGGUGAGAUUGUGGAGAGGAAUGCCAAUGAAUGCAUGGACCGGGGUGCAAAAACAGAACAAGAUAAUUCUUCUGCCAGAAGAAAGGACAGUAAUGGACCUAGCGAUCCUGGUGGAGGGAUUGAGAUGUCAGAGUUUGUUCGAGAAGCAACUCCACCGGUAGGCUGCAGUUCAAGAAAUUCCUUUGCUGGCCUAGACUUAAACAAUCAGAUUGGACCUGGUUUAUCUCGUCGUGGAACAGCAGCUACCAUUAAAGAGGAUGUAGAGAAUACUGGUCCUGUCUCUCUACCAGAAGAUGUUGAACUUUUCUCUGAUGUAGUUGUGUGCAUGGCCAAGGCCCACAGGAUCAUAAUUAAGUUAGCCUCGGCUCUUGUUGAUGACCCAGUGUUCCAGCUGAAAAGAUUCUAUGAAGCUUGCCUAUCAUUAGUGGAAAUGCUUUUGCAUUUUGUGGCAACUCAUUCAGAACCUUCCUUACCUGUUCAGGUGUUGAUGGUUCUUCACUUUCUUCUUCAUCUCUGUAGUCUGGGACUGGCUUUCUCCUCUCUGAAAGUAUACUUGACUGCUAUAGUGGCAAACCAACCUUCUGGUUCCCAUUCUACAACUGUUUUCUCAGAUUUGGCAGCCGAUCGGAAGACUUUCCAUCUGGUCUCCAUUGAUUCCUUUGUAUCCAUUCAGCCAUCCUUGUCAUCUGCACAGGAAUUACCAAGAGACUUCAGUGACAAAGUGUGCCUCUCUAAUAACCACCACAUAGAUCAGUCUUUGUCUAAUGUGUGUGACACUGAAGUGGCUUCUCUUGUGCCCUUGCAUUCACACUCCUAUAGAAAAGACCACAGGCCACGAGGGGUGCCGAGAACUUCAAGUUCAGCUGUUGCUUUUCCAGAUGUAUCACUAAAUGACUUUCCCCUCUAUCAGCAAAGACGAGGGCUGGAUACAGUCAGUGAGUUAGAAGCCUCUAAGCCCCGGUUGGGAUCCAAAGAAUCUUUAGCUGAAAACUCUUGUAUUUCUGGUGUUUUUCAGCUGGAUGAUAUUCUGAAAUGUAGCAGCCCACAAUUGCUGGCCAAAAGCAACAAGAGUAAAUCCUUGCAAGCAGACAAAAGUGUGGAUAGUCUCAGAAGCUUGAGUACUCGAAGUAGUGGCUCAACAGAGAGCUAUUGUAGUGGGACUGAUCGUGAUACUAUCAGUACUGUCAGCAGCUACAAAAGUGAGCAGACAAGUUCCACUCACAUAGAGAGUGUUUUGUCUGAACACGAAGAGUCACCCAAAGAAGAAAAGGCAAGCAGCAAGAAAAAGGACUGCUCUGUUGAUUCCGAUGAUUGUAGUUUUGCUACUGACAAAAGGACUAGCAGUGAAAGAACUGUAGAAAUGAAUGCUACCAGUUGCAUUCAGGAGCAAGGAGGGUUGAAUGCAUUGCAGGAUAUGCACAAUCAAAGGUCCCUUAGCACCUCCAUUUCAGAAGAGGCAAAUAAAAAUCCCCAUGCAAAUGAACUGUCAACACAAGCAGAUCAACCACCUGGGAAACCUGCUGAUAAGAGAGAGGAGCAGAAAGAGAAAGCUUCCCUGGUUGACUCAAGGACUUGUAAGGAGACAGUCGGAAAGCAGAAGGAGGGGGAUGUACGGCCAAAAUCGUGUAGCUUAAUUCAUCGAACAGCUUCAGCUCACAAGUCCAACAGGAGAAGGACAGGGAAAAAACGAGCUAGUAGUUUUGACACCAGUCGGCACAAGGAGUAUAUUUCAUUCCGAGGUAUACCUGGUACCAAACCCCAAAGUGCGGGUUUUUGCCAUGACGAAGACUCAAGUGAUCAAAGUGACUUGAGUAGGACUUCAAGUAUGCAAUCAGCCCAUCAGUUCAGCAGUGAUAGCUCUUCCAGCACCACCUCCCAUUCUUGCCAGUCUCCUGACGGGAAAUACAAUGCCCUAAAGACCAAAUAUAUUGCAAAGGAGAAGGGCACAGACUUGGAAAACUCUUACAAAAUCCACUUGAGCUCUGAGGCAAAUGGCAAAAAGCAUUCAACACGACGAACUUCCAACACAAGCUGUGCCAAGAAUCGUAUCAGGGUAUUAAGUCUGGACAGCAGUACUGUAGCCUGUUUGAAUGAUCCAAAUCUAAUGAUGCCAGAUACCAUAAAACAACUAACAACAUCUAAAUCAGACUUAGAGGCCAAAGAGGGAGAGGUGCUUGAUGAGCUAUCUCUGUUGGGAAGGGCUUCACAUCUAGAAUCAGUCACUCGUUCUAGGAAUAGCUUACCAAGCCAGACUAUGUUUGCCGAAGGGGAAGAGCAGGAACAGGGGAGUGUCGCAGCACAAGCCAGUGAGGAGGCGGUCACAGUUCGUCGUGAACGCAGCACAUUUAGGCGUCAGGCAGUGCGGCGCCGUCACAAUGCAGGGAGUAACCCUACCCCUCCUUCAUUGCUCAUCGGCUCACCCCUCAGCCUUCAAGAUGUUCAGCAAGGUCACCAGUCCACAACCCAAGUCAAAGUCCAGUCCCGCCCCCACUCCCAGGCCGCUGUGCUCAGUGCUAGUGCCUCCUUGCUGGUGAGAAAUGGGAGUAUCCACUUAGAAGCAUCACAUGACAAUGCAUCUGCUGUUGGCAGCAGCAGUUUGCACGAUGAACUUGGUAAGUUCAGUUCUACACUCUACGAGACAGGGGGCUGUGAUAUGUCACUUGUGAAUUUUGAGCCAGCUGGAAGAAGAACAUCUAAUAUCUGUGACUCGGAUUCUCAUGUAUCAAGUUCUACCUCAGUUCGUUUUUAUCCACAUGAUUUACUUUCCCUCCCCCAGAUCAGGCUGAACAGGCUGUUGACCAUAGAUACUGAUCUUUUGGAGCAUCAAGACAUUGACCUAAGCCCUGAUCUUCAGGACCAUCUGCAGCCUCAAGAGGAAGCAGCUCAAAAAGUCAAACACUAUUAUCGCUUUUGGAUCCUCCCCAAGAUCUGGAUUGGCAUCAAUUUUGAUAGGCUGACUCUUUUGGCUUUGUUUGACAGGAAUCGUGAAAUCCUGGAAAAUGUAUUAGCUGUCAUCCUAGCUAUCCAAGUGGCUUUCUUGGGUUCUGUACUUCUUAUAGAGGGCUUCUUCAAGGAUAUCUGGGUCUUCCAAUUUUGUCUGGUGAUUGCUAGCUGCCAGUAUUCCUUGCUCAAGAGCGUCCAGCCAGAUUCUUCAUCACCUCGACAUGGUCAUAACCGAAUCAUAGCCUAUAGCAGGCCUGUUUACUUCUGCAUAUGCUGCAGUCUGAUUUGGCUAUUGGACUAUGGCAGCAAGAGCACUUUCACUGCAAGGUUUCAGCUCUAUGGAAUGGCUUUCACUAAUCCAAUUUUGCUGCUUUCAGCAAGGGACUUGAUUAUAGUGUUUACACUAUGUUUUCCUAUAGUGUUCUUCAUUGGUCUUCUGCCUCAAGUGAACACAUUUUUGAUGUAUCUUUGUGAACAGUUAGAUAUUCAUGUUUUUGGUGGAAAUGCUACCACAAGCCUGCUUGCAGCACUUUACAGUUUUAUCUGUAGUAUUGUGGCAGUAGCAUUAUUGUAUGGAUUGUGUUAUGGUGCCCUAAAGGAUUCUUGGGAUGGCCAACAUAUUCCAGUGCUCUUUUCAGUGUUCUGUGGUAUGUUAGUGGCAACAUCAUAUCAUCUGAGCAGACAAAGUAGUGACCCUUCUGUUCUUUUCUCUUUAGUGCAAUCAAAACUUUUUCCCACAUCAGAAGAUAAAAACCCAGAGGAUCCUCUAGCUGAAGUUAAAGAUCCAUUACCUGAAAAACUUAGAAAUUCAGUGAGUGAACGUUUACAAUCUGAUCUUGUUGUUUGCAUCGUCAUCGGUGUGCUUUACUUUGCAAUUCAUGUUAGCACAGUAUUCACGGUCCUGCAGCCUGUCUUGAGCUAUGUUCUUUAUGCAUUGGUGGGAUCGGUUGGUUUUAUGACCCAUUAUGUUCUGCCUCAACUCCGAAAGCAGCUCCCCUGGCACUGUUUUUCUCAUCCAUUGUUGAAAACCAAGGAAUACUAUCAAUUUGAAGUUCGCAAUGCAGCACAUGUGAUGUGGUUUGAGAAACUUCAUAUUUGGCUUCUUUUUGUGGAGAAGAAUAUUAUCUACCCUUUGAUAGUCCUCAAUGAGCUCAGCAGUAGUGCAAAGGCUAUUGCUAGUCCAAAAAGACUGGAUACAGAAAUUGGUGCUUUAAUGAUUACUAUAGCUGGCAUGAAGCUGUUGCGCUCCUCUUUCAGCAACCCAACCUACCAGUAUGUUACUGUCAUUUUCACAGUGCUUUUCUUUACCUUUGACUACAAACAUUUCUCGGAGACAAUGCUGCUAGACUUGUUCUUCAUGUCCAUACUCUUUAGCAAGCUUUGGGAGCUUUUUUACAAGUUGAGAUUUGUGUACACUUACAUUGCUCCUUGGCAAAUCACCUGGGGAUCUGCUUUCCAUGCUUUCGCCCAGCCUUUUGCAGUGCCUCAUUCUGCAAUGCUUUUUGUUCAAGCAAUUGUCUCUGCAUUUUUCUCUACCCCCUUAAAUCCAUUUCUGGGAAGUGCAAUAUUCAUCACUUCUUACGUCAGACCUGUCAAGUUCUGGGAGAGAGACUACAACACAAAGCGAGUGGACCACUCAAACACAAGACUGGCUUCUCAGCUUGAUAGGAAUCCAGGUUCAGAUGACAAUAACUUGAAUUCCAUCUUUUAUGAACAUCUGUCUCGGUCCCUUCAGCACAGCCUGUGUGGUGAUCUGCUUCUUGGAAGAUGGGGGAACUACAGUACUGGAGACUGCUUUAUUCUUGCUUCUGACUACCUCAAUGCACUAGUACACAUUAUAGAGAUAGGCAAUGGUUUGGUUACCUUCCAGCUUAGAGGGCUUGAAUUUAGAGGAACUUAUUGUCAGCAACGAGAAGUAGAAGCUAUCACUGAGGGUGUAGAGGAAGAUGAAGGGUUUUGUUGCUGUGAACCUGGUCAUAUCCCUCACAUGCUGUCUUUCAAUGCUGCUUUUGGCCAACGUUGGCUGGCCUGGGAAGUUCUGGUCACAAAGUAUGUUUUGGAGGGCUACAGUAUCACGGACAAUAGUGCUGCUUCCAUGCUUCAAGUAUUUGACCUGAGAAAAAUACUCACUACAUACUAUGUCAAGGGUAUCAUCUAUUAUGUAACAUCCUCCCCAAAGCUAGAGGAAUGGUUAUCAAAUGAAACAAUGCAGGAAGGGCUGCAGCAGUGUGCAGACCAAAAUUAUGUUGAUGUGGACCCUACAUUUAAUCCUAAUAUUGAUGAGGAUUAUGACCACCGGCUAGCAGGAAUAUCCAGAGAGAGUUUUUGUGUCAUUUACCUCAACUGGAUAGAAUAUUGCUGCUCUCGGAGAGAAAAGCCUCUAAACACAGAUAAAGAUUCUUCCCUAGUCACUCUUUGCUAUGGACUCUGUGUUCUUGGUCGGAGAGCUUUGGGAACUGCUUCACAUCAUAUGGCUAGUAAUCUGGAAUCUUUCCUGUAUGGACUUCAUGCAUUGUUUAAAGGAGACUUUCGUAUUUCAUCAAUUCGAGAUGAAUGGAUCUUUGCAGACAUGGAGUUGCUGAGGAAAGUGGUGGUACCUGGAAUACGCAUGUCAUUAAAACUGCAUCAGGACCAUUUCACUUCUCCAGAUGAAUAUGAUGACCCCACCAUUCUCUAUGAAGCAAUCACAUCCCAUGAACAAAAUCUGGUUAUAGCUCAUGAGGGGGACCCUGCUUGGAGAAGUGCUGUCCUUUCCAAUUCUCCCUCCCUGCUUGCCCUUCGCCAUGUGAUGGACGAUGGUACUAAUGAAUACAAAAUUAUCAUGCUGAACAAGCGCUAUCUAAUUUUCAGAGUCAUUAAAGUGAAUAAGGAGUGUGUGCGUGGCCUUUGGGCUGGGCAGCAGCAGGAGCUGGUCUUCUUGCGCAAUCGGAACCCAGAAAGAGGGAGCAUCCAAAAUGCCAAACAAGCUUUGAGAAACAUGAUAAACUCAUCUUGUGAUCAGCCUAUUGGAUAUCCAAUCUAUGUGUCACCUUUGACUACUUCUUACUCAGACAGUCAUGAGCAGCUCAAAGAAAUUCUUGGAGGUGCCAUUAGUUUGGGAAAUAUCAAGAGCUUCAUAGUCUCUACAUGGCAUAGGUUAAGAAAAGGCUGUGGUGCUGGCUGCAACAGUGGAGGAAACAUUGAAGACUCAGAUGCUGGAGGUGGAGCUUCUUGCACAAGUAACAGCGCAACUGCCAAUGACUCUCAGAGCAACGUAUCUCAAGGAGGAGGGGGAGGGAAUACAGCUGUUGGACAGACACCUGGAGCAGGACUGCAUCCUCCUAUCUCUUCUCACCCUGCCACUCUAGGCACCAGCCAUAGUGCUCAUUCUGUACAGUCCAGCCUUGUCAGACAUUCCCCUGCUCGUGCCUCAGUUGCCAGCCAGUCAUCCUAUUGCUACAGCAGUCGUCAUUCAUCCCUCCGCACUUCCACUACUGGCUUUGUGCCUUGCCGGCGCUCUUCCACCAGUCAGCUCUCCCUUCGUAACCUUCCAUCAUCCAUCCAGUCCCGUCUGUCUAUGGUGAACCAAAUGGAACCUGCUAGCCAGACAGGGGCUGUCAAUGUGCAGCAUGGCCUACCUUCUUCAAGCAGCUCCAGCCAAAGCAUCCCAGCCUGCAAACAGCAUGCUCUUGUUGGUUUUCUAGGGACAGAUGGAAUGAAUAAUAUUAUUGAUAUGCAAGGAGGCACAAAUGUGAGCCCUGUAAGCCACACACAAACCAAAAGGGAUGAUGUUGUUUACAGAAUCCAGAUAAUUGAUACCAGCCAAGUACUGGAAGGGAUCAACUUGUCUAAAAGAAAAGAGCUUCAGUGGCCAGAUGAAAUGAUAAGGUUAAAAGCUGGAAGGAACAGCUGGAAAGAUUGGAGUCCUCAGGAAGGCAUGGAAGGCCAUGUGAUUCACCGUUGGGUGCCUUGCAGCAGAGAUCCAGGAAGUAGAUCUCACAUAGACAAAACCAUACUGCUGGUCCAGAUUGAAGACAAAUAUGUUGCUGUGAUUGAAACUGGAGUCCUGGAACUAGGGGCUGAAGUAUGACGUGCUUUUCAUAGUUGACUUCUUGUCCAUUUCCAAAAGAUUUAAAAAUGAGGUGGGAAUCUCAAGAGGAUGCUUCUGAUGCCUCAAGUAAUAGGAAAAGACUUGAAAAACAACUCAAUGGGUGUGUCAGCCUCUGGCCGAAAUAAAUAGGAGGGCCUUUUUCUGGUAUUUUUCAAAUUAGCUGCUGAGGAAAACUUUGUGCAUGAAGGGUAAACACAACAUAUCUUUGUUUUGUAUUUUAUUUUAUGCAUUGCAAUGCUUUGAAAGAAUCCCACAUUUUAGUUUUUAAAAGGAACAUCUCAUUUUUUAAAAAUUGUUUUGCCAAAAAUGGCCAUGUGUUGUCACAGUAAUGUAGAAUCUGUUUGUUCUUUCCUUUUAAAAUUACUGAGUAGCAUACAAAGUUUGAGUUCAGUGUAAAGCAGAAUUGAGGAUUCGUUCAUAGUAAGUGUGACCAGACUUAGAUUCUUAUUCCUUGUGAGUUAAAAAAAUCAAUGGGGAAAAAAACUGCACUAAUUUUUUAUGGCAAUGCACUAAAAAAUCUGAGAUCCCUCAGAACAUUUAUUUAUAUAUAUAUAAUAUGUAUAUAAAUAUAUUAAAAGAAGAAAAUACAAUUAUUUAAAUUGCCUUUGGGAUUAACCCUCUCCCACUCCAUAUUCAUAUUGAUGAUAGGAAAUGUGCCAUUGAUUCAUUUUGUUGUUGUUGUUGUUUAAUACAUUAUAUUGCACAUCUGUGCAUUCAUACUAUCCUAUUCACAAUAUAUGAUGGAGUAUAAAUAAUUAUAGAAUAAAACAUCAGAUAUUUCUGUUCUUCAUUUUAAAAAGCGAUGGUGCAAAGGUGCAGCAAUUUCACAGUUUUAUGUAGGCCCAAUCACACAAUUGUGCUUUUUCUUUUUCUCUCUUUGACUGGUUUCCAAUUGGGUGCCAGCAAAAAUACAUUACUAGCAUCCUUUGGAAGAAACUUACUUUUUGUAAGGAAAACUGGAUGGGCCCAGUUUUGUUGUUCUUCUUCUUUUUAAUGGUAUUGUGGCUUUAUCUCUGUGUUGGGACUUCUUAGCAUAUUCAAUCAGGUGAAACAACGUGACUUUUUUAUUAUUAGAUCAAAAUAGAGAAUGCACCGCCUGAUGAUCAUACCAUUUCGCCUUUUAGCUCCCUUUAGUCAUUAUUAUUUUUUUGUGACUUGAAUUUUAUUUUCAGCUAUUAUAUAUUCUACAAUAACUGUAGUUUUGAGUAUAACUGUGAAGAUGAUUUAUGUUACAUAUCUUAGGUUUUACCGUGUUUGAGGGGUUUUUUAGUGUGUUUUCAGGGAAACAAGUUACUUACACAGCAUUGGGACAGGGAGCAGAAGCCACAGCAUAUUCCAUAACUUGCUGCUUCUAUGACUUUUUUGCCACAGUCAUGAAAAGAUGUAUAUGUAGUGAUGGUUUUCUUCAUGUAAACUGGAAUACAGUCUAUAGUUGCAGCUUUUAGAAGCAGCCAUCUUCUCUCCUCUUUAAUGUUCUCACUAUUAAGUUAAAAUGAUUCAUGGGUGAUCAUGCAAGGGAGGCAUUGCAGUUAAAUCAAAAACAUAGUACAUCUAGUGAAGGAGCUGAAAUUUUGUAUCAUUCAAAGAAAUUUGAAGUAAUAGCCCAGUGCUAUUUGGGGGGGGGGACUUUGGACUACGUAAAGUAGCAAUAAGUUGAACAUUGUUUUAUUUUCCCAAUACACUGGGUUUCACUGCUGCAAAUACGACUUGCCAUGCGUGUAAAAUCACAAGCUUAUUUUGGAAAAGAGGUUACAUACAUGAAUGUAAGAAGAUCUUUUAAAAUAUUGCUUUGCUGAGCUGGAGUGCUGCCUCUGUGCAUCAGUUAAUCACAUGAAUGGCUUGAUGUCUUCAAUUUAGCACCUGACUAUUGAUGUUUUCAUUAUUAUACAGGCAUGAAGUGAAACCAGCUUCUAUGUUUUAAUAGAUCAUUCUUUGUUCCCUUCUCGCCUGCCAACUACAUAUUUGUUCUUUUAUCACUUGCAUCUUGAGUUUCCCAAGAAACUCACAAGGAAAAGGCAACCAUCCUUUUAAGAUAAUAAUGGUUAGUUUCUUACACAAUUAAAUCUAUCAUUACCCUUUUUUUAGUUUUGGCUUAAAUGAGGCAAGGACUGUCUAUAUUAGAUUACUCUGAAAACAAGGUAUUUCGCUUUUCUGACAUCAUCCUUCUGUGAAUCAAAUGUUCUCUCUCAUUUGGGAUUAAAAUGUAAAACUUAGAGAGUAAGUGUGUAAGUUCAAGACUUCAGGUAUAGGUUUUAGUAUUUAACAUUUGAAUCCAUUUAUAAUUUGGUUGGAAGCAUUGAUUUUGGAUAUACCAGUAUAUAAAAUCCAUCUAGCUUGCAGCGAAUGUCUGCAAGAAGAUACGUAAAUUCAUAUGGCAGAAGCCCUUGAACAGUUCCUUAGGACAAAAUGCAAGCAGUAGAAUUACUAUUUGUGAGACCCAUUAACCCAUCAGUAUGGGUUCUACUGUUCAAUCGCUCAUCCUCAGGUUUCUUAACUUGACCAUAUCCCAUUAAUUUGGGAAUCAAGCUCUGGGAUACUUGGUUUUUGUAUGACCACCUACUUAAUUGAUAUAGAGUUUAUGCGCAAAACUCAUUUGUUUUUAUUCACUGUAUUAGGUCAGCUUUUAAACCAAAAUGAAAAAAAAUGCUACACAGCUUUCAUUAUAUGAAGCUACAAUAUCAUCCAGCAUUUCUGUGGUUAUAUUAUAAUUUGUCCAACAAGAUAUGCAAUCUGUUUUUGAAUUCCUAAAACUUCAGAAAUCUUUGUUAUUCUGUUCUCAAUAUUGUAUGCACCUCAUGAUCCAUUAGUAUAGAUUAAUUUCUCACACUAAGGUUAGUUUCUGCUAAUAUACAUAUCUAGGAAUACUUUAUGGAAAUUUGUCUUCGUACAGUUGAUAUCUUUAAAUCUAUAUUUUAUAACCUGACUACAAUACUAGAGUUGAUCUUUAAAUGCAAAAGCUUUGAUAACUGCCCAGUUGAAUAUCCUGGGGAAAGAAAUCAGAAUCUUUCCUUACCUCAUUUUGAAAUGCUUUGAUUUUGUUACAGAACAAAUGAUUCUGCACACACCAAAUAUCAGAGUAGUGAAUUGAAUCCUUCCUUGUCAACUUGGAAAUGGAAAAGUGUUCUCGGUAGGUGACGAGAGAAGCUUUUUAAAAUGGGUGCCCAUUAUAAGAGCACAUGGCAUGUUUCUGCUUUUAAUUCUGUCAUGGUUUUACCUCUCAGUCUUGGUGCUGAGGAGCUAAUGGUCACAAAAAUAUGUAAUAAUACUGAAUAGAUGUACCUCUGGAAUAGUAUGGCAGAAGCCAACGAAUGGUGCUUUAGGGCAAAAUAUUACCAAAGCAGACAGUGGAAUCCCUAAUAAUGAGACUAAAUAGUAACCCAUCAAUGUGGGUCUUUCUGUUCAAGCCCUUAAAGAAAGGAAAUAUCUCAACCAAGUGGAGUAGUAUACAUAGAAGAAAAUUUCAGAGCAUAUAGAGAUACUUCAUAUAAAGUAUGGGGUUAAGCCACCAUGGUAUUAUAUACCUGAUUUUAUUAAGGGAAUUCUUUACCUAUUAUAUAGGUUUCUACUUGUCUGGCCUUACUUGGUGUCAAAUACCCUUUGCUCUGUGAUGCUAGACAGCAUAAGAAGUUAUAGCAGUAUUUAAUAUGUGCCUUAGUAAAAUGAUGGUGGGUACAUAACACCUUGGUGGGAGCUACUCCCCUUGAAUAGUUUUCACCCAUUUUUAAAGGCUAUUUUUAAGAUGGCUGCUCCAAAAAGCUUCAUAGGCGAGCACUUUUUAAAAAUACAUGCUAUUUAAAUAUUUCUACUGUGCAUUCACACAACCCAAUAAAGUCGCUCUGCUUAUGACUUCAACAGAUGGAAAUCAUAUAGCUUGAAGGUUAAACUUUGGCAUCCUUACGAAACUUAGCCUGACAAUGAACUGCUAAUGAAUAAAUAGAGGGUGGAGGGUCAAAUUAUUGGAACUUGGAAAACGGAAUAUAUAUAUUUUACAUCAACCAGCGUAUAGAGAUCUUGCCAGGGAUAGGGUAUGUGUAUUUUGUGUGCGUGUGUGCGUGUAUCUGCGAGUGUGUUGCUGGAAACAGUCUGUAAAUAUUGUAGUUGUUUAAAACUGGGAAACCCUGAGGGGAUUUGUUUGCAAUAUAUUGCAUUGACAUGGACAGUAUUGACAGUGACGAAACAAUGAAAUAAAAAAAACUUUUUCA